AGCCGAGGCGGCGGCGGCGGCCGGAGCAGGAGCCCGAGCGGCAGUCGGCGGCCGCGGGAGCCGCGGGGAGCGCGGGGGCGGCCCGGAGCGCGCCGGGGUCCCCGCGCCCCGCUCGCCCGCCGCGCUCCGAAGAUGGUGGCGGCGCCGUGCGCCCGGAGGCUGGCCCGGCGCUCGCACUCGGCGCUGCUCGCGGCGCUCACGGUGCUGCUGCUGCAGACGCUGGUCGUGUGGAAUUUCAGCAGCCUCGACUCCGGGGCCGGGGAGCGCCGCGGGGGCGCAGCGGCGGGCGGCGGAGAGCAGCCGCCCCCGGCCCCGGCCCCGCGCCGGGAGCGCCGGGACCUGCCCGCCGAGCCGGCUGCAGCCCGAGGAGGAGGAGGCGGCGGCGGCGGAGGAGGAGGAGGACGGGGGCCCCUGGCGCGGGCGCGGGGAGGCGGCCCCGGAGAACCCCGUGCACAGCAGCUGGCCAGCCGGGGGGCAUUGCCCGCCCGGGGUAUGGAGCCACACCCGAGUCCGCUCAUCACCCUGGAGACUCAGGAUGGCUACUUUUCUCACCGGCCAAAAGAGAAAGUGCGAACAGACAGCAACAACGAGAACUCUGUCCCCAAAGACUUUGAGAAUGUCGACAAUAGCAACUUCGCACCCAGGACUCAAAAGCAGAAGCACCAGCCUGAGUUGGCGAAGAAGCCACCGAGUAGACAGAAGGAGCUUUUGAAAAGGAAGCUGGAACAGCAGGAGAAAGGAAAAGGACAUGCAUUCCCUGGGAAAGGCCCCGGUGAGGUGCUGCCUCCCGGGGACCGAGCCAUAGCCAACAGCAGCCGUGGGAAGGAUGUGUCCAGACUGCCUCAUGCCAGGAAAACUGGGGGCAGCUCCCCCGAGACCAAGUAUGACCAGCCCCCCAAGUGUGACAUCUCGGGCAAGGAGGCCAUCUCUGCCCUGUCCCGUGCUAAGUCCAAGCACUGCCGCCAGGAGAUUGGGGAGACCUACUGCCGCCACAAGUUAGGGCUGCUGAUGCCUGAGAAGGUGACUCGGUUCUGCCCCCUGGAGGGUAAAGCCAACAAGAACGUGCAGUGGGAUGAGGACUCUGUAGAGUACAUGCCGGCCAACCCAGUCAGAAUCGCCUUUGUCCUGGUGGUCCACGGCCGCGCCUCUCGGCAGUUGCAGCGCAUGUUCAAGGCCAUCUACCACAAAGACCACUUCUACUACAUCCACGUGGACAAGCGCUCUAAUUACCUGCAUCGGCAAGUGCUCCAGGUCUCCAGGCAGUACAGCAACGUCCGCGUCACCCCCUGGAGAAUGGCCACCAUCUGGGGGGGAGCCAGUCUCCUGUCCACCUACCUGCAAAGCAUGCGGGACCUCCUGGAGAUGACCGACUGGCCCUGGGACUUCUUCAUCAACCUCAGUGCGGCCGACUACCCCAUCAGGACAAAUGACCAGUUGGUGGCGUUUCUCUCCCGAUACCGAGAUAUGAAUUUCUUGAAGUCACACGGCCGGGACAAUGCAAGGUUCAUUCGGAAGCAGGGCCUGGAUCGGCUCUUCCUGGAGUGCGAUGCUCACAUGUGGCGCCUGGGAGAUCGGCGAAUCCCAGAGGGCAUCGCCGUAGAUGGUGGCUCGGACUGGUUCCUGCUGAACCGGAAGUUUGUAGAGUAUGUGACGUUCUCCACAGACGAUCUGGUGACCAAGAUGAAACAGUUCUACUCCUACACCCUGCUUCCUGCCGAGUCCUUCUUCCAUACGGUCCUGGAGAACAGCCCCCACUGCGACACCAUGGUGGACAACAACCUGCGCAUCACCAACUGGAAUCGCAAGCUGGGCUGCAAGUGCCAGUACAAGCACAUCGUGGACUGGUGCGGCUGCUCCCCCAAUGACUUCAAGCCACAGGACUUCCACCGCUUCCAGCAGACAGCCCGGCCUACCUUCUUUGCCCGCAAGUUCGAAGCCGUAGUGAAUCAGGAAAUCAUUGGGCAGCUGGACUAUUACCUGUACGGGAACUACCCUGCAGGUACCCCGGGCCUCCGCUCCUACUGGGAGAAUGUCUAUGACGAGCCUGAUGGCAUCCACAGCCUGAGCGACGUGACACUCACCUUGUACCACUCCUUUGCCCGCCUGGGUCUUCGACGGGCCGAGACAUCCCUGCACACGGAUGGGGAGAACAGCUGCCGGUACUACCCAAUGGGCCACCCAGCAUCUGUCCACCUCUACUUCCUUGCCGACCGUUUCCAGGGCUUUCUGAUCAAGCACCAUGCUACCAAUCUGGCCGUGAGCAAACUGGAGACUCUGGAGACCUGGGUGAUGCCAAAAAAAGUCUUCAAGAUCGCAAGCCCACCCAGCGACUUUGGGAGGCUUCAGUUUUCCGAGGUCGGCACUGACUGGGAUGCCAAGGAGCGGCUGUUCCGCAACUUUGGGGGUCUCCUGGGGCCCAUGGAUGAGCCGGUGGGUAUGCAGAAGUGGGGGAAGGGGCCCAACGUGACCGUGACCGUCAUUUGGGUGGAUCCCAUCAACGUCAUCGCAGCCACCUACGACAUCCUGAUUGAGUCCACUGCCGAAUUCACACACUACAAGCCCCCUUUGAACUUGCCCCUGAGGCCUGGGGUCUGGACAGUGAAAAUUCUCCACCACUGGGUGCCAGUUGCAGAGACCAAAUUCCUCGUUGCGCCUCUGACCUUCUCCAACAGGCAGCCCAUCAAACCGGAGGAGGCACUGAAGCUGCACAAUGGGCCCCUCCGCAACGCCUACAUGGAGCAAAGCUUCCAGAGCCUGAACCCCGUCCUCAGCCUGCCCAUCAGCCCCGCCCAGGUGGAGCAGGCACGGAGGAACGCAGCCUCCGAGGGCACAGUGCUGGAGGGAUGGCUGGACUCGUUGGUGGGCGGGAUGUGGACUGCCAUGGACAUCUGUGCCACGGGCCCCACGGCCUGCCGCGUCAUGCAGAUCUGCAGCCAGACGGCCUGGAGCUCCUUCAGCCCUGACCCCAAGUCGGAGCUGGGGGCGGUCAAACCUGAUGGCCGGCUCAGGUAGCACUGGGCACGAGGAGUGGGCCACAGAAGGAUCUCAACAGGAAAGCAGCCAGAGGGUUUGUGGGGCCUGAACCCUGGCCUCCCACCCUGCGGGGGGCACCCUCUGAGAAUGGGUCUCUCCUGGCCAUAGAAUGAUGGAAAGGGAAGGUCAGCAGGUCAAAGCAGGAUCAGCCAACAAGCUGCCUUUGGCAAGCUGUGGGUGGGACGGCUCAGUCCCUGCACUGUGACGGUCUCACCUCUUCUGGUUGAUCCUCAAGUCCUACAGGUUCCUUGUCUUCCCCGUCCAGUGACCCACCCCGCCCCCAGACGAGUGAUUUUGAAACUUUUAUUUUGAGCAGAACUUUUGUUUACUGAGCACAGUCAUAAGUGGAGUUCAGGGUGCGGACGAAAUCCAAGCUGCUCUGGUUGAAGCUCAAGAGUGCAAGGCUCCCUCCCAAAGCUCAGCCCUCUGGUCGGUCCCCUUGCCCAGGGUAUCUCCUACGGUACCUCUUCAGAACCCAAGGGCUCUGCAAAUGCCAGUUUGACAAGCACUGCCCAGACCAACCAUGGGUUCAAACUCCAGCCCCACCCUUUGGGUCAUCUUCCUGCUCCUCCCUUGGCUGAGGGACUUUUGUGCCAGCCUUGGUCGUGGUCCCUUUCUCAUGGAGACUGCAGCCUUAGGAGAGCUCUGAGCCUCUCAGUGGCCCUCCUUGGGUUGAGCUAUUCUCCUUAGUAACUAGGUAAGUGGGAAAGCCUUUUGAUGUGGCAUGGCCAAGGUCCAGCCACAAGUGCAACUGCCACCUGUCCAGGGGUCUAGGCCUCCUUCCCUCAAGGCUGCCACACAAAGUAGCAGAAAUAGGAUGAUGUUUGUGAGCACCAAACUCAAGACCAUGACCUUCUUUGAUCCUUGAAAAUGGGAACUUUGAUGGCCAUGACCAUGAAACUCACAGGGCAACCCCGUGAAACUCACAAGGCAACGCCGUGAAACUCACAAAGCAAUGCUUGGAGAAAAACUCCUGAGCUAGACAGCACAGCAGCACCCAUCCCCUGCCAGAGCCCUUCUGUUCUGAGGUCAGACACACAAACCCUUUGUCAGUUGCACGCCGGUGCUGUUGGGAGUGACCAAACCGCAUGAACUAGACUUUUCCCGUCCAGGAAAUAGCAUUUCAGAUUUGGUUUUUAAUUUCAUGCCCUUCCUAAUCCAAGGGGCCAACAGGCUCAACGGGACAUGCAACAUAAAAGUGGGAAGGUUAUUUAAACAAUGAAAUACAGUAUGAUUCAAGUGUUUAUCAGAAACCCAAAAGGUUUCCCUGCCACGAGCCCCCUGGAGUGUCAUCCCUGUUCACCAGGAGAGCCCUUCACAGGAGGCGUCCCUUGCUCCUGUAAUCCCAUCUCGCCUGAAUGGUGGGAUUCCCUUGGAAAAAGGGCUCACCCCUGGUAGCCAUCUGCCCUUCCCAUGGAGAACCAGUCCGACACUUCUCUCCAGCAUAGGUUUGAAGGGGCUGCCCUUCGUUUUGUGCUUGCCCCAAUCCCAAACCUCGCAAAGCAGGAUGUCCUGUUAGCAAUGGAGGAUGUAGAGAAGGGUCACUUUAGAUAUUUAUUAUUUAUAUGUUUUCGUCAAUGACUAAUUAGUAGGUGCUGUUUUUGCAGCUUGUCAAUUAUGUUAUCUUACUAACUGAAGCUGCCUUUAUUCACAAAAGGCCCCUUUUCCCACCCUCUGGUGUCUCUCUCUUGGUUUAUCUUUCUCUGCGUCUACCCCCCAUCCUCAGAGUAAAGCAGGGGCAUUGAACACCAUGCCAAGAAAGCUCCAACCGGCAUCUUCCACUGGCUUUGAGUGGGGUGCCUUGGGGACCAUUGGAGCCUCGCUUUUUCCUUAUACAGAGUGUCAGCCUCAUCUCUCUCUCGGAUCCCAAGAGUAUUGGAAUUCCUGAGCCUCCCAUCCUCCCCCCACUCACCCCCCGCCACAGGCACAAGGAGGUAACAGGCAGAAAGCUUGGAGGGUGGGUGGGGAAUGUGCUAGCUGCAGAGAGCUUGGGCCAUCCCUGCUUGCUCCGUGGAUGCCUUCCCAUGGCCCAUCUAAUCAUGGGCAUCCAUGCAACCUUAACGGAGGGAAACAGGCUCCUUUGAGCGAGAUCCAUCGUAGGAAGAGGGUCAUCAGAUCCAGGCAGCAGAGCCCAGGAGAUAGUCAUUCUCAACAGCGAUUCUAGGGAUCUCACGGUACUUUUCUCAGAAAGCCCCUAAGAUCUCUUCUACGUUCUCUAUGGUGGCCAGAAGCUGGGUGCCACAUCCUCUUUCUGCUCCCGGCCUCUGCCUCUGGCUAGGGUUUCCCUGGGGCUGCUGAAGCCACUUCAGGAACUUCCCUUUCACCCUCCUUGCCGGGCCACUAGUGCUUUGUGUUCGCAGCGUUAUUUGCAGUGGCUCUGGGGACUCAGCAGUGGCAAGUCCCUGCACAUAAUGUGAACUUGCGGACGUCAAGACGGGGUCCCUCCUGCACCCACUAACAUGUCUGCCUUUUUUUGUUUUUAUCCUGGAACAAGUGGAGAAAUGGCAGAGUUGGCUGACUCUGGGGACCCUUCCCUUUUUCCUGUGACUUCAUUUCUUCCUCACCACAGCUAAUUCGGGGAGCUGAGAAGUCACACAGAGUAUUCCUCUGCCUUCUCUAAUGUUAUUAGAGACCAGAGAAUAAGGUUGCAGAUAUUACAUUUGGUUUAAAAAAAAAAAAAGAAAAAGGAAAAUCCCAAACAAAGCCCGGCAUGAUUUGAGAAAAGAGGAUGUUUUUCCAGGGAAAAAUUUUUUUUAAACCUGCCUGAGAAUGAUUUAUUUGCUGGAGGCCAUUGUCAGACAACCUGGAGCUUGGGUUGUGGAAGAUUUCAAAAGCAUAGGGCCAUGGUCUCUGGAAACCUAUUACAGCCUGCAGGGCAUAGCAUCUGUGAGCUGAGCCAGUGACGAGGUCCCUGGAAGCUCAGGAAGGCUUAACGGUGGGCCUUGAGGUGUUGGUUUGUGGAGAGAAGGAAGCAUUCCUUAGGCUGCAGCCCUCCAUAUAGUGUCCCACUCACUGAGUGACAUUCAGGCAGAGAUUGAGCUCAGGAGACAGCCAGCCUUCCCACAUCCCCCUUCACUUCCUGGUCCACGCAUAAAGCAGUGUGUCUCCAAGGAGGCAGUGAGCAAUUCCCCCGUGUUGUAAGAAGUACACUGCUUUCUCCCUUUACAGGGGGAAAAAAGGCUUUCCUGGUGAGAUCAUGAGUCCUUCUGGCUUCAUUUCUCAUUGUGGGUUUAACUUCUAAAAUGCAAAUGGAGUUUAGAGAGGAUGAGCAGAACCACAGGACCCGCCCCCACUUCUCGCUCACUGCAAUUGCUUCUACUUUGGGCACAAGUUGGGGUGUUUGAAGACCAUGUUUCCCUCUGGUUCUCUAGUUGGCAAAUAGAAGACACUGGUUAGAACCUUAAGCUUUCUGCCAGAAAGAUGCAGAGAGCAGGGCAGUAGCUACCAGGAGUGGGGUAUGAAUAAAGAGCCCUUCCACAACCAAGUUCACUGAGGAUUUGGAGCACCAGCUCUCCAGCAGCAUCCAGGGGUGGAGAGGUGUACAUUCUAGAAGCAGCUGUCCGCUUUAAAGCACUCCGCUUUAAAGACGGCAAGCUAGACCUACAGGAUCAAAGCCACACACUGUGGUAGGGGUUACAGAUGCUUACGGAGCCCAGGAUACUAGCACAGAUGAGUGGAAUGGUUGGUGUGAGACAAAAGGGCAUGAUGGGAGUGUGCUGGGGACCAUGGUCUUACUGACAUGAACAUGACCUACCCAGAAUGAGCAGCUGCUACUCGACCCCAACCUAUCAUUGUAUGUAAAAAAUGUAAGCACAGUGUAGUGGAAUCUUCCAAUUUGGAAAGGAAACCAGAAAUCCAGAUUUUCUGAAAAAUCUGAUUUUUUCAAUGUCCGUUGUUUUUGUUUGUUUUUUUUUUUUUUUUUUUUUUUUUAAACAGAUAGUGGGCAAAGAAAAAUUCCACUGUUCCACAUGUGCACUGCCAGCAACCUCUGCUCUCUGGCGAGGUGGUUUAAAGUGAGAUUAUGCAUUGCCCUGGUAGAAGAGGAAAAAAGCCAGCAUCAGGUCAGGGCAAAAAUAACAGCCCAUGUUGAACUCUAAAUGGGGACCUCUUGCUAAGUCAAAUUCCCCUCCCCAAGAGACAGUUCCACAGAGGGGGAAUGGAUCAUUCCACUCUCCUGGUCCCAAGAUUGUGCUGAAGGGAAGAAGGAACAGAAUCUGGAGAUCUGGACUGCUACCUCUUAGAUAUGCAAAGGUCCACAUCUGCCUGGGGCUACCCCUUGUGGGACUGCAUCCAACCAGGCAGAAAUGGCGAAGACAGUCUAGGAGGAGGAGGAGGUAGGGUGUGAAACAGCCAGGCUCUCUCGAAAUCCCAAGCGUUGACAGCCAUCUUGCCCCAUCCCUGGAAGCCUCUUUGGAAAUCACAUAGGGCUGUGCUGGCUCAUGGGAUGUCCUGUUUGCUUCUGCCUCAGUUACCUUACUUUGCCCAUGGGUCUACCACAGGCGCUACCUCAUUGUGUCUGCUGAGUUUACCUGGGAGGGGGGAACGAAGUUGUCCAAAUCUGCUUGAGCUGAAUGUAUGAUCUAUGCAAAUUCUCUCUCUCCUCUCUCUCUUCCUCUCUGGCUCUCUAACUUAGAAGUUUUUUAUUUGUUUAUUUUUACCUUGCAAACAAGAUACUGUAUAGGACCCUCUUAAGAUGGAGGAGGGCUUUCCUGCGCCACCUGUGUCUACCCCUCACGUUGUCUUUGGCUCUGGUCUUGCCAAGCUUAUGCAGGGAGAAUGUGGCCUCUCUUCCAUCUCUACUUGGCUGGGAAUAUUCCAACUGCCUCUGCCUACAGACACCACCAGAAAGCGGGUUCUGCACCUUGUCAUCCCCAUCCCUAAUGCCAUCUACUCCAUCCCUCAUGUUCCUCCAACUUGCUUCUCCCAUCCCUCCUUCAAAACAAACAAACAAAAAAAGCCUUAGGUUUCUCCUUUUCGAAAUGUGGCCUUAACAUUAUUUUUGGGGAGCUGACCAUCCAUCCUUUCCCUCCCAUCUCCACCAACAUCGCAGGAGAAAGAGCAUCGUGAAGCUUCUGUGGGCAGUCUCCUAAGGGAGGGGCUGCCAAUCUGUAGUUUGCAGAUGCUAUAGAAAUUGCUUACAAAUGUCGUCUUUAAGAAAAAUGUUCUUAUAUUUUUCCUAUGGGCAAAAUGAAGGCUUGGGUGCUCAUUUCAAGCUCAGCCAACUCCUGAAGCACUCUCUUAGAGCAUAUUGCCGCUGUAAUGGGCUGGCUUAAUUACCAGCAGAGUGCUCGAAAAGGCUUUGCAAACCUCCCCUGCCCCCAAGACUGGCUGACUUUAUGUACUUCAUUCAAGGGUAAAUCAGGAGACGUUCUCCAUUUAUCUGUUCAUCCUUCCUGCCUGGAAAGUGAUAGCACUAAAUAUUCCCGGAUGGGUAGUGUUCUCAAAGGGAUUACCCUUCUCCUACCUUCAGACUCUAUUCUUUACCCUUCCAUUGCUCCAGUGCUGAUGGAGGCCAAAGACAACCCCAGGGUUUUCACAGGAAAUUCACUAGAAUUGUGCGCAAUUGUCUUUGUAGUCCUUUUGCCUUGUUUUUUUUUUUUUGUAAUAUUAUGUUGUCAAUAGCAUUUGUUUGGGUAUUUGUUUUAGAGGCCUCACUCUAAGUUAUUACCGUCCCUUUCAUUGUUUUCAAAGACAUGUGGUGAUAUAGUUUUUAAAAAUAACUAUUUUGUUAUAGAUCAUAAUAUGCAUAAAACUGUACAGAAAUAUUUUGUAAUGUGUUGAUUUUAAAAAACAGAAUCUGUAAAUAAAGUUUUAAAAAAAGAAUUCAAAUGGCACACGCUGAAAUAUGUAGAUAUUUUGCUAUUUAUUUAAAGGAGUAUUUUAAGAGAUAUUGAACUAUCUGAAAUUGACCAGUAAUCAAAGUUCCAGUCAUCUGAAUGCUUUUCCUUGAGGUAGAAUGUGAUUCUCAGAAAUGAUUGCAUUACCUGCCCAUUUUUGCACCUUUUCUGUCUUUUUAUUUAGCAGAACAACAACAACAACAAAAUUGUGCCUUAGCUGUAUUUUUUUGUCUAGGGAAGUUUGUUUCUGUCUGACAAAGCAAAAUUUUUUGCAGAAAACAGUGGAUGUAUUAAAUACUGUAUCAUACCAAAAACACUGCAGGUGUAUAUAGAUGCUUUCUGUCAUACUGUGUUUUCAGAUGCAGAAUUUUAAAAUUAAAAAAAUACUGCCUUUAUGGAA